GUCGGGCGCUCGGCCAUGUCAGUGGAGAGUGCGGGGCAGGGGCCGUGGCCCGGGCCGGAGCCGGGGCCGGGGCCGGGGUCCGAGCCGGGGCCGCUCUGCCCCGAACACGGCCAGGCUCUGAGGUGGUUCUGCUGCUCUGAACAACGGCCCGUGUGCGCCGCCUGCGCGGGACUGGGCGGCCGCUGCCGUGGGCACCGCAUCCGCCGGGCCGAGGAGCGCGCGGAAGAGCUGCGGAACAAGAUUGUGGACCAGUGUGAGAGGCUGCAGUUACAGAGUGCUACCAUCACCAAGUAUGUGGCUGACGUCCUGCCAGGGAAGAACCAGAGAGCUGUGAGCACAGCCAGUGCAGCACGGGAACUGGUCAUCCAGAGGCUGGGUCUGGUGAGGAGUCUGUGUGAGAGCGAGGAGCAGAGGCUGCUGGAACAGGUGCAUGGUGAAGAGGAGCGGGCCCAUCAGAGUAUACUGACACAGCGAGUCCACUGGGCCGAGGCACUGCAGAAGCUCGACACCAUCCGCACCAGCCUGGUGGACAUGCUCACCCAUCUGGAUGACCUCCAGCUGAUUCAGAAGGAGCCGGAGAUUUUUGAGAGGACGGAGGAAGCAGAGGGCAUUUUGGAUCCCAAGGAGUCGGAAAAGUUAAACUUUAAUGAGAAGUGCACUCGCAGCCCACUACUGACCCAACUCUGGGCGACAGCCGUUCUCGGGUCCCUCUCAGGCACGGAGGACGUGCGUAUCAACGAGAGGACUGUCAGCCCCUUCCUGCAGUUGUCAGAUGAUCAAAGGACCCUGACCUUCAAUGCCAGGAAGUCCAAGACCUGUGCAGAUGGCCCGGAGCGCUUUGACCACUGGCCCAAUGCCCUGGCCACCACUUCCUUCCAGGCUGGGCUGCAUGCCUGGAUGGUGAACGUCGAGAACAGUUGUGCCUAUAAGGUGGGUGUGGCCUUAGGCCAGCUGCCCCGCAAGGGUUCUGGCAGUGACUCUCGUCUGGGCUACAAUGCCUUCUCCUGGGUCUUCUCCCGCUACGACCGGGAGUUCCGUUUCUCACACGAUGGGCAGCACGAGCCCCUGGCACUGCUGCGCUGCCCAGCUCAGCUGGGGGUGCUGCUGGACUUGCAGGCACAGGAGCUGCUAUUCUACGAGCCAGCCUCGGGCACGGUGCUCCACACCCACCACGCGUCCUUCCCUGGGCCCCUCUUCCCAGUCUUUGCUGUGGCUGACCAGACCAUUUCCAUCAUCCGCUGACCUUUGGCCAUGGGGAGACCAGGUCUACCUCCCCACCACCCUUUCAGGCCAUGUUUCUACCCAGUGUCUUUUUCCCAGAUGUUGCCUGUGCCCAAUGGGCAGCUUUUAGGAGGGGUUCGGGGUACAACCAUUAAAAGCUGGGCAUCUGUGGGGAACCUGCUACUCCCUGGGCCUUGGUUUCCCAAAUGCACUGUGCAUCUGCCCCUCUGAGGGUGUCUUGUUCACCACUUUAUCUCUGGCAUCCAGCAUGGUACCUGGUGCAGAGUGAGCGUGCGAUAAAUAUUUGGCCAGCAAGUGGACGUAUGGAUGGAUGGAUGGAUGGUGGAUGGAUGGAUGGAUGGACAGGUGACUGGAUGCAUGUGGUAGACUCUUCUGGAGCAGCACUGCCCCCAGUAGAUGCCGUUCUCUGGCAGAAAAGCCUGUGGCUGAAGCUCUGUCAUCCCCUCAGUUCAGUGUUUCUCAGUCCUUUUCAUGACAUGGCAUACAGAGGAAAUAUUUUUCUAGCACAAGGACAACCUGGAAGGGAUUUAGAACUCCUGCCAGGCUGCUGUUGGCCAGAGGACUCUGGCCUGUAGGGCUGUGUCCUCCCCCAGGUUUUGCGUAGCCCCUGGGAAGACUGAGGGGACCCUGUCUCCAGGUAGCCUGGCUGCGGCACACCCGUCGGCAGUGCUGCCUCGGACUAGCCAGGGCUCCAACCAGCACCCACCCGUGGCAACAGGGACGAGCUUCUUCCCCAACUGCAGCUGAUGCGUGCUCCCAACUAAUGCCUUCUCUAACAUAAUGUGGGGACCAGGGUGAGGCCUUCAAGCCAGAAAGGGCUGAGGGCGCAAGAGGGCCAGCCUUAGGGAACAUGUACAUUAUUAAAGGUUUUCAAAGAUUGAAAA